CACACUUCCACACCGUUUCUCUUGCUCUCUGAAAAUGGAGCAAGAAACCAGGACACCCGGAUCCGAACCCGAAAUAGAACGCUUUCUCAGACAAGCUUUUCAGGACCUAAGGUUCCGGGAUUUCUCCUCUGCCCGCAAAUAUGCCCUCCAGGUUCCAGAUUUUGACCCGACCCGACUAGAACCGGCUCAAAUCGUCGCCGUCGCCGACGUUAUGCUAGCGGCGGAACGCCGCUUCCCGAAUGGUAGCCUUGACUGGUACUCCGUACUCCAGCUCGAUCAGGUGCGUCUCGAUUCUAAUACCCAGACACCCAUGCAAACCCAGUUUGAGAAGCUGUCGUCCCUCUUAAACCCCAAGAGGAAUCGGUUUCCAUUUUCUCAACAGGCCUUCAAGCAUGUUUGUGAUGCAUGGUCUGUGUUGUCGAAUCGCAUAAAGAAAGCCCAAUACGACCAUGAUAUCGAAACUUAUAAACAAAAGACGAAAAGCUUUUGGACUGUAUGUCCCUACUGCUAUUAUAUGUAUGAAUAUGAGAAAAUGUACGAGGAGUGUUGCUUGAGGUGCCAGAUAUGUAGGAGGGCAUUUCAUGGCGUGGCGGUGCAACCGCCGCAGAAUGUUUUGCAGGAAGGGGAGGAAUACUAUUGUGGGUUUGGGAAAUUCCCUUUGGCAUAUAAAAAUGGCGGGUUCUCUGAGAAAGAAAAUAGUGUUGGCGGAGGUGAUGGUGUUUCCAUGGGAGACAAGAAAGAGGAUGGUUCUGGAGGACUCAAGCGCAAUUUUGAAAACUUUGUGGAGUUUUGUGAUGAUGAUAGUGAUGACAAUGCUGGCAAUGAAGAGAAUAAGAAAGGAGAUGCAGUGAAGGGAAUGGGUGAGAACGUUGAGGAAAAUGUGGGACUUGGUAAGAUGGGAUGUAAUGUACAGGAGAGUGGGAAAACAGAGGUGAGAAAUGAAGGAAAAAUGCCAAUGAGGAGGGUGAAGUCGGUGGUGAGGAAUUCGAAGAAGAUGAUGGGGAGAGGGAUCAAGCGUAGGAUAAUUGAGUCACCGGAUGUUUUGGGAGGAAAAGAAAUGCAUGUGGGAUUUGGAGGAGCUGUUGAAGAAGAUGACCAUUGAAGGGUAACAUCAAGUAGAAGUGAGUUUUGAGGGUCGCCUUAAUAGUUUUUUGUGGGGGAUAAUGAUAUCCAUGUUGGUUUCUAGAAUUCUUCUCCAUGGAAGUUAUUGGAGGGGAUCAGUAUGUCUUUUUGUUUCCUCCCUUUCCUGUUUAGGUAUGACAGUUAGCAAAUAGCAACUGAGGUUUGGAGCAGUGGAACUCAUUUUGUCUAGGUAGUUCAAACUUCAGACAUUAGAUGGUAUAGCAAAGAGCAGCUUGCCAGCUAGAGGUUUUUCUGUAAAUGGGUACCUCAUAGUUGAAAUGGAAUCUCAAAUUUACGGUA